AUGUUUGAAAUGGAAACGUUACAGAGAUUUAAAAAUUUACCUAAACCUAUUGGUUAUGAACUUAAACUGAAGAAUACAAUUUCGUCAUUAACACAAAGGAAUCACAUGAAUUCGCCAGGACCUUCUUCGUUGAGACAGACUGAAAAAUUAUCACUUGAAGAGGAUUCAAAGAUAGAAAAAGGAUAUUGGACACCAUGGUCGGAUGACCGAAUAGAAAAAGCGAUCGCCGAAGCACUCAAUUUAAAAAGAAGUGGUAUCAGUCAUUUAUAA